AUGGCGAAGAAGAACUACUAUGCUGUUCUCUGUGGAUACAUUGCCCCUGCAAUAUGCACAUCAUGGGGUAUAGCCCAACCCCUGGUCAGUGGCUACAGCGGUAGCGUAUACAAAGGAUUCAAAACAUUGGACGAGGCUAUAGAGUUUAUGGAGGCCGAAGGACACCUUAAUCACUUAUUUUUCCGGGGGAGUGAAGAAGGCGAAAGAGCACCUGCAAAAGGUGAUCCACGGUACUUCGCGGUGGCAAAUGGUGAACAUGUCGGGAUCUACGAUUACUAUGAGUCAGGUGCUCAGAACGAAAUCAAAAACUAUUCGCACGCUUGUCACAAGGCGUUCAGAUCACGACACGAGGCUGAAGGAUUCAUCAAGGAAUACCAGACAACUGCGGAAUUGGUAGUGAGCUCUCGUCAAGAUGAAGACAAUGCGAGAACUCUUGAUGUUUUGAUGGGUGGACUUCGCCUUGAAUAG